GCUAGCUGCGAGCUAACCGUCGGAGCGGAGCGCCUGUUAACCGACAACCGGUGAACCAUGAGCGGUGUAACGGCUUCUUCAGCCCGGUGAGACGACAGCCGGCAGCCGCUAGAACAAGAUGGACGUGGUGAGCCUCUCUCCCGGAGAGGAGCUGGAGGACGGGGAGAUCUGCGACGAUGAAACCGAGGAGAGCGCGCCUCUCCGGCGGGGGGAUGGUGGCGUCAGCAGGCCCGCCCGCGGGGCUCCUCCACGGAGACCGAACCAGCACGCGCACCCGGUGCCGCCGCACGUGGGCCACCGGUACAUGGUCCCCUACGACCGCCGAGCGCACGACCCGUUCCCCCCGAGCCACCGGCAGCAGUGCGGGCCUAGCGGGCCGGACCGGCCCCCCGAGCCCCCCGCUCCGGGGCUCGGGCUCCACGGGGACCCGAGCCCGAGGACCAGCUUCUGGGAGCGCAGCCACGGGGCCCUGGGCCGGUUCCGGCACCGGGCCAUGCCCAACGGGGGCCGCGGGGGCUGGAGCCGAGGCGGCCGGGGCGCCGCCAGAGGUCCCCCCGGUCGUUACGGGCCCGGAGAGAGCCACGGGCCCCAGAAGGACUCCCCCUCGAGGAAGCAGAAGCAGCCCCCCAGGGUCCAGAUCAGGAAGGCCUGUAAACCAGAGCCCAGUGUAGACGAGUCCUUCGAGGACCUGCUGUCCAAGUACCGGCAGAUCCAGCUGGAGCUGGAGUGCAUCCGCAGGGAGGAGACGGAGGCCCUGGAGCCCCCAGGGGGGGCCCAGACCCCCGACCACACCGCCAGUAUUACACCCAGCCAGCCUGAACCCGGACCCGGACCUGGACCUGGACCCGGGCCAGCUCCUCCGGACCCGGCAGCAGAGGACCUGUUGGAGCUGCAGAAGGUGGAGGAGAAGAAGGUGUUCCACGCCUUCAACAUCAAACCUCUCCGUCAGAAGCUGCCUACACCCGCCGUGCUGCAGGAGCUGAGGAGCAGGAGGGAGGAGCAGGAGGGAGGAGGAGGAGGCGCGGAGCAGCAGGGAGGAGAAGAAGAGGAGGAGACAACUCAAGCGGAGCAGAAGGCCGAAGAGGAGGAGGAGGAGGAGGAGGAGGAGAAGAAGAGUGAGAGCUGCUGCGAGGACACCAACAAAGAAGAGAGUCUCAGGGCGUCCUCGGUCUCCAGUGAGGACUCCGUCACCUCCCCUGACAAGCCGGCCGUGAAGGUGGAGGAGGAGGAGCUAUCGGAGCUGCAGCUCCGCCUCCUGGCGCUGCAGUCGGCCAGUAAGAAGUGGCAGCAGCAGGAGCAGCAGGUGAUGAAGAAGAGCAAGGAGCGCAUCACCAAGGUGGUCCAGGAGAAGAGCUCCGCCCCCCCCGUCAGACCCAGGGUCACCACCAGGUCCGCUUCCGCCGCCGCCGCCGCGGCCGCCGCAGAGCGGUUCCGGCCCAGGUCCAAACCUCUGGACAGGGACCGAAACAAGACCGGGCCCAGACCACCUGACCGAGACAGGGAGAGGCCCAAAGCCAGUCCCAAACCGGGUCCUAAACCGGGUCCUAAACCGGGUCCUAAACCAGGUCCCAAACCAAGUCCUAAACCAGGUCCUAAACCGGGUCCUAAACCAGGUCCCAAACCAGGUCCCAAACCAGGUCCCAAACCAAGUCCUAAACCAGGUCCUAAACCAGGUCCCAAGACUCCAGGGAAGGUCCACAUGGCCAAGAAGAUCACCAGUCCAGGCUCGGUGGCCAAGCAGGCCUUCAGGAAGCAGCAGCUGAGGACCUGGAAGCUGCAGCAGAGGGAACAGGAAGUGAGCCGCAGACAGGAAGAGGAAGUGAGCCGCAGACAGGAAGAGGAAGACCGGCGCAAGCGGGAAGACGAGAUCCGACGCAUCCGAGACCUGUCCAAUCAGGACGAGCAGUACAACCGCUUCAUGAAGCUGGUGGGCGGGAGGCCCAGCACGCGCAGCCGGUCCAGAGACGGGGAUCACAGGAAGUCAGCCGGUAAACCGGGACCGGACGGCUCGGGGAACCUGUACCAGUACGACAACUACGACGAGGUCGCCAUGGACACGGACAGCGAGACGGGGUCACCAGUGCCGUCCCCUAAACACAACCAUCUGAGUGCAGAAGAUCCAUCAGGGUUCCCUCAGAUGUCUCCUUACGACUGUCUUCAGUUUGGACUGCCGUUUCUCUCCCACAUGCUGUCGGUGGCUCCUCCCCCUCCCCCUCUGCCCCCCCCAGCAGACGAGCUGGCGCCUCCUCCCAAGCCUCCCUUUGCUGAUGAAGAGGAGGAGGAGGAGAUGCUGCUGAGGGAGACCUGUCUGAUGUCCAUGGCCCACAAGAGGGUGACGUCCACAGAGGAGACCAGCUCCAGCGGACCUCCGUCUCCUGGAGGUCCUCCGGUCCCUCAGCAGCCAAUCAGAGGGAACCUGAGCACCGUCAGCCUGAACACCACCCCUCAGACCCGAAGCAGCAAGUUCAGAGGACACCACACUGCCCGAGCACCACUAGUGCUGCCCAGACACAAGGCGGUGGUGGUUUCUCUCAUCGACUCAGACGACAGUGACUCAGAUGUGGACGCCUGCAGCUCCACCCAGACCUUCGGAGGACUGGAGUCCAUGAUCAGAGAGGCCCGGAGGACAGUGGAGGCAGCGAAGCCGAAGGUGGCGUCGGGCUGUGAGAAGGAGAACAACCCGGUCAGGACCCCAGAGGCCUUACCUGAGGACAAGAGGGCCGAGUACCGCCUCCUCAAGGAGGAGAUCGCCAGCCGGGAGAAGCAGAAGACCGUGAAGGCCGGCGGUCCUCGGAGCGCGGCGCCCCCGGCCGUCUCGGUGCCGGACCCGUCGGUGAAAGCGGCCGCCGAGCUGAGAGCGGCCGAGGCGGAGCAGAGACUGGACAAGCACAGAGAGCUGCUGCAGAGGGACGAGGCCGUCCUGGAGCAGCUGCUCCUCCAGCAGCUGAAGAAGAGAGACUCGCUGAGAGCCGCCGACGCCAAAGUGGCAAAGCUCCGGGAGCAGCUGGCGGCCUCGGAGAAGAUCGCCACGGCAACCAGGACGCUGCUCAAGAAGCUGCAGGAGCAGGUCCACCGGGUGGAGCACCGCGUGUCCAUCAAGACCUGUCUGUCUGCGCGCCUGGAGCAGGAGCUGGCUCAGGCCCAGCUGGCCCCCAGCAGGGGGGCCAAACGCAGAGCAGACCCCAACCAGACUCUGCCCAGUAAGCUGCGGCGUGUUGACGCUCCUCGUGGGUCGGCCGAGCUGAUCGCUCAGAAGAAGCGUCUGCAGCAGCUGGAGUCUGAGUACGCCCUGAAGAUCCAGAAGCUGAAGGAGACGCAGGCCAUGUGCAGCCGAGGGGCCCCCCCAGAGGCCCCCCCGCCUUCCCCCGUCUCCUUCCCCCUGCCCCAGCCCUCCCUGCACGACCUCACCCAGGACAAGCGAGCCGAGGCGGAACCUGCGCCCGCUAGAGCCCCCCGCCGGAACUCCCUCCUCCGGCAGUCCAGCAGCUCCUUCACCAAACCCCACCUGGAGCAGCCGAGCUCCGCCCCCGCCAAGGACUCCAAGCCCCCUCAGGGCCCGGCGGGCUGUGGGCCCCCCGCUGAGAUGUUUGCAGGGCUGGACCUGGAGGCUCUGAAGCUUCAGUACCAGCAGCAGGCCCGGCUGGGGGAGCUGCUGCAGAAGGAGCUGCAGACGGUGGGGGGACGAGUCCACGGCCCCCCCACCCCCGGACCGGCGGUCCCUCUGGAGGCGGUCUCUGUGGAGGCGGUCCCUCUGGAGACAGUCUCUGUGGAGGCGGUCCCUCUGGAGGCGGUCUCUGUGGAGGCGGUCUCUCUGGAGGCGGUCUCUGUGGAGGCGGUCCCUCUGGAGACAGUCUCUGUGGAGGCGGUCUCUGUGGAGGCGGUCUCUGUGGAGGCGGUCCCUCUGGAGGCGGUCUCUGUGGAGGCGGUCUCUGUGGAGGCGGUCCCUCUGGAGGCGGUCUCUGUGGAGGCGGUCUCUCUGGAGGCGGACGCAGCCAGCAGCCAAUCGGGGAGCUCAGAGCUGAAGCCUGUCCCCUACGGAGCCUAUCACAGUCCUCUGCUGGUCUUCAGGUCCUACAGGUUCAGUCCGUACUACAGGACCAAGGAGAAGUUGUCUCUGAGCUCCGUCUCCUACAGCAACUCCAUAGAAGUCCGGAGGAGCUUCUGCCGCUUCGACCUCACGGGGACCUGCAACGACGACGAGUGCCGAUGGCAGCACAUGAGGACCUGUACUCUGACAGGAAGCCAGCUGUUCCAGGACAUCCUGUCCUACAACCCGCCUCUGAUCGGCUGCUCUGAGCUCAGCUCGGACGAGGACGUGGCCGCCUCAACAGAGAAGUACAUGAAGAAGCUGUUCGGCUCAAACAAAGACCGGAUGGGCGUGGACCAGAAGGCCGUCCUCCUCGUCAGCAAAGUGAACGAAAGCAAGCGACACGUCCCUCCUUUCACCACCUGUAAAGACACACGGACGUGGCGGCCGACGCCGGCAGCACAGAGCAGCUUCAGCCGGGAGAACGAGAACGAGAGCGAGGACGAGUCGGCAGGAGGCCACGUGACCACGAGGAGACACGACGGCGUCUCGAGGACCAGCCGCUCUGCUCUGGACGCGUUCGUCACAUCGGAGGACAAACGGUAUUUCAUCAGUGAGACGGACGACAUCUCAAACCUGGAGACCAGCGUCCUGGAGAGUCCCAGAGACACUCAGCUGUGGAUCAAGUUAGCCUUCAAGUACCUGAACCAGAACCAGACGUGUGCGUCUGCGUGUCUGGAGGCGGCCCUGAACACGCUGUCCCGCGCCCUGGAGAGUAACUGUGAGGACCCCGAGGUGUGGAGCCACUACCUGGCCCUGUUCUCCCGGAGGGGCAGCAGGGAGGAGGUGCAGGAGAUGUGUGAGAUGGCGGUGGAGCACGCGCCUCACCCCAAAGUGUGGUGGAACUAUCUGAAGCUGGAGAGCUCGUUCGAGGGGAAGGACUACGUCUGCGACCGCCUGCUGCGGUUCCUGGUGUCCUCGGCGUCCCCGCCGCUCAGCGAGCGCCUGUCCUUCCAGCUGAUGGAGGCGCUGCUCUACCGAGUCCAGCUCCACCUGUUCACGGGCCGCACGGAGAGCGCUCUGGCUAUUCUGCAGAACGCCUUGAAGUCGGCCCGCGACCAGAGCGUCGCCGAGCGCCUGACGGCCGGCGACCGGGCGCUGCUCUGGCUCUCCUUCAUCCACCUGACGGAGUUCGAGCGGCUGCCGGCCGGCCUGCUGGACCCGGCGGAGUCCGGUCCGUCCCGGCUGGUCAGCAGAGCGUCCUUCCUGCUGCCCUGGAGGACGCCGCGGGACGUCAGCACGCCGCCGCACGUCCUCGUGGCUCUCUUCAGAGACGCCGUCCUGCGCUGCUCCGACGAGGCGCUGGCCCCCAGCCAGAGGACCCUGGCCUGCCUCCCCCUGCACUCCAACCUGGUGCUGCUCUACCGGCUGCUGGAGCGGUUCGAUGAGGGCGUGGCUCUGGUGGAGUCUCUGCUGGAGCUCCGCCCAGAGUCCUGCUCUCUGAGAGACGCUCUGGCCGAGCUCCACAUCGGGAAGGGUCACCCGGACCGGGCGGUCAGCGUGUGGCUUCACGCUCUGGCAGAGUGCCCCAACAACGCCGAGGUCUUCUACCACUCCUGCAAGUUCCUCAUGGCUCAGGAGCAGGCCAGCGCCGUGGCUCCUCUGUUCAGAGGCUUCGUGCUGUCGCUGUGUGACGAGCAGCAGGGCCACGCGCAGCCGCUGCAGCUACUGCGACACGUCCUCGGGUUCCCCGGUGAGGAGCUGCUGAGAGGACCCGUCAUCAAGGAGCUCCAGGAGCAGCUCGGACAGCAGAUGCCCUACCUGCACCUGGUGCACUGUCGCUGGCAGCAGCUCCAUGGCUCCGUGGGCCAGACGGUGGACGCCUUCGAGAGAGCGCUGGGCUCCACCAUGAAGCUGGAGGAGCUCCACGAGCUCUGGAUGGAGUACCUGGUGUUCAGCAGCAGGCCCCCGGCCCGGGCUCCGCCCCCCCAGGAGUCCCGGUUCUCGGCGCUGGUCCGGCGCUGCCUGAGCUCCGUGCCGUCCCGGCUGGAGGUUCCCUUCGACCCGGCCGAGUUCUGGAGCUGCUACGGCUUCCACAACAAGGUGGUGACUCUCUAUCUGAGCUCCCUGCCGCUGUCCCAGCAUGCACUUGUCCUGGAGAGACUGCGGUACGGCAUGCCGAAUAACACCGAACUGGGCCUGAGGUUGCUGCACCAGGUGUGGCAGGACGGACACACGGAGCACCUCAAGUUCCAGGUCCAGAUGUUGAGCAGCCAGGAGCCCAGGUGUCUGGCCUACUGGGAGAUACUCAUCGCGGUGGAGCGGGAGCUCAAGGAGCCUUCUGAGGUGCGGCUCCUGUACCAGCAGGCGCUCCAGGCCCUCCCCCUGUGCGCCGCCCUGUGGAGACAUGUAACGUACCUUCACUUCUCACCACCACUUCCUGUGUCUCGGGGGCGGAGCCUACAGCGCCUCCAGCCAGAAGAGGCGUCCGCCCACUGUCUCCUCUCAAGGAACCAUUGUGUCUCCUCUGUCCUCGGCCACAAAGAUGCACCCUAUGUCCUCGCGUAUAGCCCCUCCCCCCUGUACAGAUGCAUUAUGGGACGUCCACCUGAGACACAGGAAGUCCAUGUUUACACCUGACCUGUGGACACGCAUGUUCACCUGCUCCCCCUCUCCCCCCAUACCCUCUAUCUCUCUCCCCCCAUACCCUCUAUC